UCCUAUACUACCAACAAUUGUUUGAUACAAGACACCCAGGUCGACCCAAAGGCAUGGUUCAAUGAGAUGGAGAGACCCACUCACACAUUAUAUAUAGCACAGUUGUAAAAUGUCUUGAGUGUCCAACACAUGAACAACAAGCAAUACCGUACAUUUUAUGGUUCUUCUUGAGGUUCCCAAUAGCCAUACUGUGUGAUAAUAGCAUGAUGAACUUUGCAUUGACAUUCUUCUCUAUAAUGCAUGCAUGAAAUUAUAGUUCAUAGCAUACCAGCCAUAGGUAUAUAUUUUUAGUCAGUCUCAGACAUGAGUCACUGACAGCCACUAUAUAGCUACCCUCUUUACCACCACUUGGUUUACACUCACCACACUGCAGAGUGAUAAUUAUAAUGCCCAUUGGAAGAUCACAUGAACACAACAUGCCCACUUAUGGUUCAUUCUCCUCAUCCAGUCCACACUCUCUUAUUAGCACCAAGCCAAGUUGAUAGUAAGUCAACCAGCUAUUACGUCUUCCCUGAAAAAUGUACUAACUGAAAUAUAGUGUUUUACUAGCUGCUGCAUUUGCUCACCUCUAUAGCUUUUGUGUUGACCGAAUAAAACACAGGUGUACUCUGAACUCUAAUUCAAUCGUGCACUCCCGGUAACAUAAUAGUAAUUCGCAGGUUCGCUGACCUACAGCAGUGCGCCUCACUGUACAAAGUUGUGCCUGUACUAAUACUGGUAGGAGGAUGUGUAGCUAGUCCUAUUCAGCAACGGGAUAAUGUUACCUUGGGCGCCUAUACGGCAGCGGCUCCCACCUGCUAUAUUUCGGCCGCGCAACCUCCGCAAGUUGCGAGCACAUCUAGUAGCUAUGAAUCUCUCCGCCAGGCGAUGGAUUACUUUACUCCUCUUUCUGCAGAUCCGAUAUCUUCCAGUCCUUGCUCGUUUCUGCACCUGCUCAACUAAAGAGCACGGUGGUUGCAACCAUGGCGUGUGCAUAGCCCCCCAAUCCUCAACACAGUUUGCGUGUGAGAUGAGUGUUCGUCUGGCACCAAACGGGACUGUUACAGAGGUAAAGUACUAUUGCUUGGCUGGUCUCAUUCCUCCGUGUGGAGGACCGCCAGAUAUCGAUCUGUCUGGCUUUUCAACCUACUACGCAUGCUGUGGCAAUGCUGAUGAAUGUAACAGAUGUUUGGUCCCAACUGCACUCCCAGAUGAAGCCAAACUACAGCUUGAUGUCAGUCGUGACUGUAAUCACAGCUUACUCAACAAACAACCAACACAAACAAUGUCACCAUCACUCAAGUCUACAGAUCCAUCAUCAUCUGAAGAAAAUGCUCCAGUUCACCCCUACCUUCGUGCUGCUCUGGCAGUUGGCUGUGCGACCAUUGUGUGUCUGGUGGCAGUGCCGCUGACUGUUUUGACAGUUUGGUUCAGGCGCAAGUACUUGCUAUCAAGAGCAACAAACUUAGCUCACCGAACAGAAGAUGAUGAGGUUACAAAUACAAUCAAAUCUGGAAAACUGUUAGAAACCUGAAAAGUAAGAUUGGUAACCUGUUUUCCAUUUACUUUUCUCAGAUCGCUACAACUGACAUUUCAUCAUUACACGUGCAUGGACAAUGACUUUGUGUAUAAAAGUAUCUGGCUAUAAUUUGUAUUUUCUAUAUCUUUGUCUUUCACAUAGUGAUGAAAAGCAACCUCUUCAUUGUUCAUGGAAACAUUGAGGAGGGAAUUGCUCCCUGCUGGUACUAAAAUGAAUUUGACUCAUUACACUUUUUAGUAGCAAAGUAUAUAUGAAGUGUCAAUGAAUGUGGUUGUGGUCCACAAAGACACUAUUAAACCAGAAUGUGAGGCUAAAAUAAAAUGCAUGUGAUGCCUUGUCUUUGGAGUAUAAACCCUGUUAAAACUCUUUGGGGCCGAGGACGCA